AUGAAGAUUGCCAUAUCCACUCUCUUGCUGCCACCCGCCCGCAGCACCCGCCGCGGCCCAACAAGAACACAAAAGGUCGUAAAGCGACAGGCACAGUACCAGUACAUCGCAGACGAAGCACCAAAUGACCCCGUAAAGGCCGCACAGGACAUACAGACCAUCCCCGGCGUGCCCAACGCAAACUCGCCCGUACAGACCGACGCCCUCAUCGUACAGGGCGACGGCAACACCGCCAACCCGCCCGGCCUCGAGCAGGUCCCCUUUGUCGCCACACCGACCGCCACCGACCUCGCACAGCAGCUCGGAAUCACCGACGGCGACACCGCCUGGCAGGCGCUCCCCGACCUCGAGGGCUUCACCCUCAACCGCACCUUUGUCGCCUACCAGGGCCUCAUCAUGCCCUUCUACAUCACCAACAACUACCAGCCCGGCGCCGACAACAGCGCCAUCAAGCGCGUCAUCAUGACCAUGCCCGGUAAGCCCAGGGACGCCUGGAACUACGCCAACCUCUUCCGCAACGCCCUCUCCGUCGCCGCAAACAACCCCGCCAACGGCGUCAACCCGGCCGAGGUCGCCAUCCUCGCCCCCGCCUGGAUGAACCAGAACGACAAGUCGGCGGGCGCCGUCGGCCCCAACGAGCUCUACUUCCACGGCUCCCAGUGGCAGCGCGGCGGCAACUCGAGAAACGAAAACGUCAAGCCCGGCAUCAGCACCUACGCCGUCAUGGACAACCUCACCGACUGGCUCUUCCUCUCGGGCGAGUUCCCCAACCUGCACCAGGUCGUCGUCGGCGGCCACUCGAUGGGCGGCCAGGCCACCCACCGCUACGCCCUCCUCAAGAAGCGCAAGUCGUACGACCCCAACAUGCAGUACUGGGUGGGCAACCCGGGUUCGUGGGCGUGGAUCGACGGCGAGCGCCCCUACGCCAACGCCUCGUGCGGCGGCGUCGACGUCUGGCCCUACGGGCUGGGCAACUACUCGGCCAUCCCGCGCUACGCCCGCUACGACGUCAAGGACGGCCACGACGAGGUGGUGCAGCGCUACCUGGGGCGCAAGGUGCACUACGCGCUCGGCCUGCUCGACACGGGUGCCGGUGACACGCACUGCGAGGCGCUGACCCAGGGCGGCAGCCACUUGGACCGCGGUUCGCAGUUUGUCAUGAUGCUCGGCCGCCAGGCGGGUGGCUUCCCCUCGUCGCACUCGCUCGAUGUCAUCGAGGGCACCUCGCACCAGGACUACCCCAUGAUCCGCGCCGACAAGUCGGUGGCGCGCAUCUUUGUGGCCGACUACAACACCAGCUACCCCUCGCUCACCGACACGUCCAACCCGGGCGACAAGACGGAAAAGACAAAGGCGACCAAGCUGCCCAACGGCAAAAAGGCCUUCGCCACGCCCGCCCACGAAAAGGCGGCCUGGUCGCUCCUCGGCGGCAGCCUGGCGCUGGUCGCCAUCUUUUUCACCGUGCUGCCCUGGAUGUUCCGCGCCAACCUGGACAAGUACGAGUCGCAGGGCUGGGAGACGGAGAGCAAGCGCAAGCUGCUCUGA